GGCUUCUGCUGAAAUGGCCGCAGGACUCCAGGUUCCCCUGACGCGAUUGGCCAGAGGACUGCUGCUCCUCCUCAGUGUCCAGCCCUGGGCUGAGAGUGGAAAGGUGCUGGUGGUGCCCAUUGAUGGCAGCCACUGGCUCAGCAUGCGGGAGGCCGUGCGGGAGCUCCAUGCCAGAGGCCACCAGGCGGUGGUCCUCACUCCGGAGGUGAAAAUGCACGUCAAAGAAGAGAACUUUUUCACCCUGACAACCUAUGCCAUUCCAUGGACCCAGGAUGAAUUUGAUGGUUUUGUGCUGGGCCACACUCAACUGUGCUUUAAAACAGGAUAUUUUCUGAAGAAAUUUUUCAGAAGUAUGGCAAUUUUGAACAAUAUAUCUUUGGUCUUUCAUAGGUCUUGUGUGGAGCUACUGCAUAAUGAGAUAAUGAGGCACCUGAAUGCUACUUCCUUUGAUGUGGUGUUAACAGACCCCGUUAACCUCUGUGGGGUGGUGCUGGCUAAGUACCUGUCGAUUCCUGCUGUGUUUUUUUUGAGGUACAUUCUAUGUGAUUUAGACUUUAAGGGCACACAGUGUCCAAACCCUUCCUCCUAUAUUCCUAGAUUACUAACAACCAAUUCAGACCACAUGACAUUCCUGCAAAGGGUCAAGAACAUGCUCUAUCCUCUGGCCCUGUCCUACAUUUGCCAUGCUGUUUUUGCUCCUUAUGCAAGCCUUGCCUCUGAGCUUUUUCAGAGAGAGGUGUCAGUGGUGGAUCUUCUCAGCCAUGCAUCCGUGUGGCUGUUCCGAGGGGACUUUGUGAUGGACUACCCCAGGCCGAUCAUGCCCAAUGUGGUCUUCAUUGGGGGCAUCAACUGUGCCAACAGGAAGCCACUAUCUCAGUUUUUCAAUUUGAACAUAUUCUCCAGUGUUAACUACAUUGCUCAAAUCUUCACUGUCAUCUCAGUGGAGCAGAACAAAUUGGGAACUGUGGCACAGAUCACUCUUGCUAUGCCCCUUAGAGAAUUCCACAUUAACAAGGCUAAUUUUUGA